AUGCAGGUUCCUGUUUCCAUAGUACAUCCUCGAGUCUGUGGGUGCGGCACAGGCUGUGACAUCACCAGAUCUCUUCCUUUGCACUGCUCACAACCAGAGUCCCCGCUGAGACAGGCCUCAGACCUGUGCGACCCUACCAUGGACAGGAUCCUCUCCUGCUGUGUGAUCUUUGGUCUCCUGGGGACAGGACACAUGGAACCUGGGGUCAGGCAAACUCCCAGCCACAAGAUCACAGAGAAGGGACAGAAUGUGACACUGAGGUGUGACCCCAUUUCUGAUCCACAGUACAUCUAUUGGUACCGACAGACUGUAGAGAAAGGAAUUGAGUUUAUGGUUUAUUUUUAUGACAAUAACCCUGUGGAAAAGGCAGAGUUUUUCAGGGAUCGAUUCUCAGCAGAGAUGCCUGAAGACUUAUACUCCAUUCUGAAGAUCCAGCACUUACAGCUGGGAGACUCGGCCAUGUAUCUCUGUGCUGGCCUUGCAACCACAGCCUCACACAGACGUUUCCUGUCCCUAUGUAAACCCUGUACCUCUCCCCCCCCACAAGCUCUGAGCAGCCCUUCCUACCUAAGGAGGCAGGAGUGUGUGGCUGAGGAAGUGGUUGCUUCCAGCAGGGGCAGAAAGUUAACCCUAUGCACCAGAAUAGUCAGUAGAAACAAGGAUAACCGAGGCAAUUGUACUUGGGAAAUGCUCAAAGAAUGUGGCUGUGGACCCAAGUGUGUGACGCAUGUGGCCAUUGGAGGGACCUGA